AUGGAAACGAUGGGUUCUAAAGACAAGAAUAGCAUCGUAAACGCCAAUGAAGUUAAACCUUCGACAACGAGCGUAUCAGCUCUACCGGUGGAAAUCGUUAAUCUGAUACUUGAACAGCUAGAAAAAGACAACAGAGGUGAAAUAACAGAUAUUUACAACUGGCUCUUAGCCCUUGGAGAUUCGAAUCCAGGUGCCUCCCGACGUAUUCGAGAACAAGUAGCUAUUUGGAAAUUAGGUAAAUCCGAAAGCCAGAUCCUGAACAUUUUGGAAAUUGAGAAUGGAACUAAUUGCCUUGAACAAGGUGUUACUGACGUACCACUUCGUUGUUCUCAGUUGGCAGUUUUUAUCGACAAUGAGUGGCUCAAUUCGGACGUUGUUGAGGAAAUGUUAAUUGUGCCACCUAAUAUAAAGGUGAACUUAAUAUACAUGUGCAGUCCACACAGAAAAUCCCUCCAAUGGCUUCAUGGUAGACUGAAUGCCAAGAUUAAAAACUGGCCAUGUUUGUCAGUUUUAGUCCAAGAAUUUCCGAUAAAUGCCGUCUACGCCCCUGCGGAAUUUGAGUUACUUACCCAUCGGUACUUUGAGCAGCAACUUUUUGAAAAUCUCGUUUUCUUCAACGUCGAAAAGCUUGUGUUGCAAGAGGAUUCUUUGAGGAACUUUUUAGAAACUUGCGGUAGUGAAAAGGGAAGUGGAAAUAAAUUCGUUAGUUCGACACAAAUGAGUGCUAAUUUACGUUCCUACUUGAAUAUGCGUAUAUCCUUGCCUCAUUUGAUAAAAUUGGAAUUUCAAGACAAAAACAAGAAAGAGUCAUUAAAUUACAUUGACCUUAAUAGCAUAGUGCGUACAAAAAUUGGCACCAAUGCCUUCACGUUGACUGAUUAUUUCAAAGUUCACUCAUUCAGUACUUGGCAUAUGCCCUCUAUUUUGCGUUUUUCGGGGCAUCAGUUUAUAUAUGACCAGCAAGAAACUGGAAUCCCAGAGUGGAGAGCGCUAAUAAUCAAAUCGGGCAACGGUGCUUUGUCCCAUAUGAACGUAUCGCUAUUUCCUAAAGGCGUCAAGGAAUCCAAAAUGAUUGGAUGGCUCCCAAUUGAUGAGCUUUUAGAAAAAGGUAGAAAUAGCUAUAGCCCUUUGAUAUGUUUGCGAAGCCCUUCCAUAGAAACAUUGCAUUUAGGACUUUCCAUGUGGAAGAAGGCAGGCAACAUCAAACUGAGUGGACUUUACUUACCAAAUUUAAAGCGAUUGACAGUGAGUGGUUCUGGCGCAUGGCCCGAUUAUCAAGCCAAAAGUGGCAUUGAUGAAUUAUUUUUGGUCACUUUCUCGUCUUGGAACGAUCUAUCUAAGUGCAAUUCUCUCAAGUGCUGCCGCCUAAUGAGGACAUCAACUGUCCUGAGCAUCCAAAAUUUAAAGGAAGAGCUUCCAGCUUUGGAAACAUCGAAGUUCAGAGCUUAUGUCGAUGAUCGACAAGAGUAUAUUCCAGUCGACUGA